UCUAUAUAGGCAGUGUAUAUCUUCAGGAGUGACACUCAACUCACUAUUAGCUACUAGCACAAUAGUUCAUUUUUUGUUCUUCAUAUGUCCCUUAUAGUGCCAAGAGAAACCGAUUUCAUGUUGACAAGCUCGGACCCCGACUCUUCGAAGUUUAUGCUGUUAAUAUAUCCUUAGACGGGCGAUUUGCAUGAAGACACGCGUUACAUGACAGACUUCCAGCUUGGUAGCUAACGCGCGAUCAACCCGCGAGCAGGAGGGGCGCCUUGUUACUGGCGCGAAGCGCUCCGCCUCGGCUGAUGCAAUCUGAAAGUAGGAACUCGAAUGUGAAGCUCGCGACACAUGGGGACAGAAGAAAGAUACCUUUAAGCCUAAUAUACCUGACAUGAUCCUUUUAACAUUGAGGUGGCCCUGAUUGAUUUGAAGUCUGAUGGAGAAGAGCCGGUGCCCAGUGGAGGAGGGGGAUGGGCUGGGCUUGGCAGAAUCCAGCACUGGCUUGAUAGCUGACACAUCAGAUGGCACAUUGCCUGUAUAUGAUGCUCCAAGCACCCGGCCAACAUGGGGAAACAAAAUGCAGUACAUCCUUGCACAGGUUGGCUUCUCGGUUGGACUUGGCAACGUUUGGCGUUUUCCGUACCUGUGCCAUCAGAACGGGGGAGGAGCUUUCUUGUUGCUGUACUUCUUGCUGUUGGUCAUCAUUGGAAUCCCAUUGUUUUUCCUUGAGCUGGCAGCGGGUCAGAGCAUUCGUCAGGGCAGCAUUGGUGUAUGGAAACAUAUAAGCCCCCGCUUGGCAGGCAUCGGAUUUGCAAGCUGUGUGGUGUGCUCCUUCGUGGCACUCUACUAUAAUGUUAUUAUUGCCUGGAGCCUCUUCUACUUGGGAAACUCCUUCCAGUACUCUCUGCCUUGGGAGUCUUGCCCAAGUAUGGCCAACAGCAGUAAUCUGGUUCCUGAAUGCACCCAGAGCUCACCAACCACAUACUUCUGGUACCGCCAGGCCUUGGACAUCACAGACUCCAUUGAGGAUACUGGUUCCUUUAAUCCCAUCAUGAUUGGGUGCCUCUUUGCUGCCUGGGUUAUUGUCUGCUUGGCCAUGAUUAAAGGCAUUAAGUCUUCUGGAAAGGUCAUGUAUUUCAGUUCAGUUUUCCCCUAUGUGGUUCUUUUCUGCUUCCUAGUCAGAGGGCUCCUUUUGGAAGGUGCUGCUGAUGGAAUUCGCUAUAUGUUUUAUCCACGGUUGCAGAUCUGGGGUGAUGUACAAGUGUGGCGACAGGCAGCAACACAGGUGUUCUUUGCCCUUGGCCUUGGUUUUGGCAGUGUGAUUGCUUAUUCCAGCUACAAUAGCCACAACAAUAAUUGCCACUUUGAUGCCAUCCUUGUCUCCUUCAUCAACUUCAUGACUUCAGUUCUUGCAUCAUUGGUGGUAUUUGCAGUCCUGGGCUUCCGGGCCAAUGUUAUUGUGAAGGACUGUGUGGAAAAAAACCUUGAGCACUUUUCAAUGCUGAUGAAAAUGGGCUCUAUAAACAUAAGCCAAGUCAUCACUCCUAAUGUAAGUGCCACUGUGCAGGAGUACCAGUUGUGGUAUGAGCAACAUCAGGAUGUCCUAAAAGGUAUCCCGCUUGAGCGCUGCAGCUUAGAGAAGGAGAUGAACAAAGGUGUGGAAGGAACAGGUUUGGCUUUCAUUGCGUUCACAGAAGCCAUGAGCCUAUUUCCAGCAUCUCCUUUCUGGUCUGUACUCUUCUUCCUGAUGCUGCUGAACUUGGGCCUGAGCACCAUGUUUGGGAACAUGCAGGGCAUUCUAACUCCGCUUAUUGACAACUUCUCAGCUCUGCGCAGGAGGAGGACACUUUUGACAGUGUUAAGUUGCCUCCUGGGAUUCCUUAUUGGCCUGCUAUUUGUCCAGCGCUGUGGUAGCUAUUUUGUCACAAUGUUUGAUGACUACUCGGCCACUCUUCCACUCAUUAUCGUUGUAGUGUUUGAGACCAUCAGUGUGUCCUGGGUCUAUGGAGCUGAGCGAUUUAUAGAUGAUAUUGAAGGGAUGUUGGCAUGGCGCCCACCAGUAGUGUAUAAAUACCUGUGGAAAUAUAUCUGCCUUAUUGGUAUGGUAGGCCUGCUUCUUGCCAGUCUGAUCCAAAUGUGUAUCCAGCACCCCACUUAUAGGGCAUGGAAUGUCUCACAGGCAGAAGAAGUCACCCUUCAGUAUCCACCUUGGGGGAUGGUGGUCUUGAUUGGACUCAUUCUGUUGGCCUCUCUGCCUAUCCCUGCCUUAUUUAUUCGCCAGCUGGUACGAGAGUAUGUGGGCUGGCCAGAUGCUGAUCCCACUCAGACUUCACACAACUACUAUGCUGAAGUAUACACAAAGUGCUCUACUGAUCCUGAUACUGCUCAGAUCGCUGAGCAGGCUGCAGAGGAGAUGGAUGAGGCCACCCGUGAAAAUGGAUUCUUUGUACGAGAGAAUGAGGAGUACAAACUUCUACCACAAGAAGAGGGUACUGAUGGACAAGCAGAAUUUCCUUGGACAGCUACCACUGGGUUAUAACUUCCAGAUUUCCAUCCACCCAGUGUUUUUUUUCCCAGGUCUUGAAAGAAAUUUUCAGUUGGUGGUGAUGGGGAAAGUUGGGGUCAAAAACCAUGAAUUAGAAUACUGAUUUAGUCAGCGUAUCCCAACAGAGUGAAGCAGAAUGAGCCUUAAGAUGUCUUCCUCAAAAUCAGCUAUAGUGAUGUUCCUCCAAUAUGCCACACCUUGGCUUAUUUCAUUUGAGCCUGUGAAAAAUGGCUAGGACAAAUGGACAUCAUAAUGACUAAUUCUAUGUAUAUUUUCAGCCAAACCUGGAAUUCGCACCAGUAUUUUUUGUAAGAAUUCUUAUAUCACAUCAGAGCUCUUCCAGAAUCCCUGACCUGUGCAUUUUUAGAAAGACUGUGGCCUUCUGCUCAUCGUUUUAUUUAGCACCAGUUCGUCUACGCAUUUUGUGAAUGUAGUAUUGUGACAAGCCGGAAUGGUAUAUAGUAUUGUUAUUGCAUGAUGUCAGAGAUUUUAGCAAAUGUUACCCAUUUCACAGCAAAUUGGCACAAAGGACAUUUUCUUUGUAUCUCCGUCACUGAAGCUAAGUAAUUACCUAUGCAUCAGGUUAUCCCUCUUCAGACGUCUGUUUCUAAACUACAGCACUCCUUUCCCACCACUGACUCUCUACACUGAUGUCCCCUUUAUUGUGGCAUUUUCCCCAUUUUGAGUGAGGUAGAGUUGAGAUUACUUCAGAUCUGCUCUUUGGUGUUUUAAUUCCUAUUGUAGAAAAUUUUACCUUACAGAUUUUUGGCAGGAAUUUUUUUAGCAACAUUUUUUGGGCAGGCGUUUUUAAUUUCUUCAAGUUGUAAUUUCUGCCUCUACAUUAACAGUCUUGUGCCCUUCCUUGUGAAAAAUGACAGUUUCCAUUACUAUUUAUUUUUGAACUGCACAUUUAGUUUGAAUUGAUAUGGUUCUCAGUUAAUGCAACUUACUCUGCCUUUGUCUCUCCAUAACCAUUAUAGGAGUUUGGUUCAUAAGUCAUUACCUCUGUUUACUUUGGUCGUUUUUUGUUUUUUUUUUAUGUCUACCUCCAACCAUUCUGGCCCUUUGUUUCCACUUGUCAUUUUUAGCCUGAUUAUUUCUUCAUCAAGGUCAACAAAACGUUUACCACAUUAUCCCAUCUAAUCCAAUGUCUUCUCUUUUGUAACUUCCGCUGACUCCAGUAUAGCUUGGUCUAGACAUGUUGGGCUCUUGAGGGUGGUACAACUUCAUUUUCUGUAAUAUUUGGUUCCGGCUUUCUUCUUUUGCUACUUCUAAAAUAUUACACUUUGACAUGGAACCAAUGUGUAGCACGCUGGCCAUUUCCAGGGUUAACCUUCCCAAUGCAAAUCUGCUUUCAUAUUCUUCUUGUAGUAUUCAGGUCUGCUACCCACACAGAAACUCUUUCACUCAAGUUCUUUAUUCCUUAACUUCAUUUAGAAUCAUUCUGACAUUAUAUUUAAAGUUGUCCAUAAAUAUUGCCGUUUUACGCAUCUCUGUAUUGCAUGCAUUCUUUCUAUAGUCUAGAAUCAAUUAAGCCCUUUCUCAUAAGGCUGUAAGUUACGGAUUUUGCCAACUUGGUUAAUCUUGUGUAAAUCAACCACACUUAUCGAUUAAACGUGAGGUUGAUUUUUUUUUAAUUUUAACGCCAAAAUGUAAUGUGCAUUUGCACAUAACGGUAUGAAUAAUGGCUUUCUGAACCACUUAAAGUUUUGUUUUCUCUUCAGGUAAUUUCUAGAUAAUUUAAAUGACAUCUGCUUGCAUUUUAUUGGUUUUACUGUUGCAAUUGUCAUGCAACUUACCUGACAGAGCUUCAAAUAUUGGGAGAAGAGAGUUGGUGUGGCAGAAAUUUGUUCAAACAGCUGACUGCAUGCUGACGCUAAUACAUUCAGCUGUGCCUGAAUUUUAGUAACUUGGAUUUGGAAGUUGUUUAAGCAUCAGGAGUGGCCGUCAGCGGAGAAAAAAAAAUGUAGAAAAUAUACAAGUUGAAUGAACCUCACUGAAGGUAAAUUUAACUAAUACGAAAUUUACAUUGUACAGAAGUUUUUCUAUUUUAUGACAAUGAUAUAAUUUUGCUAGUGCUUUUAAAUUAGAUUUGCUCAAACUUAAAACUUGUAUAGUUCACUCUAUUUAAAAUAUCUUGGUGAAAACUGAACCUUCCUAACAAAUUUCCUUGAAGAAUAAAUAUACCAAACUUCAAAAAGACUUUCCACUUGUUGUUAUGAGGACAGUAAGACAGACAUGCCAACAAUAAACGGGCGUUUUUCACCUUUAUGCAAAGUUUACCUAA